AUGAAGCACAUUUUCCGAAAUCAGGACAACGUACGUGGUCUCUCUACAACAACUUCUGCCGCUGUCGGAUGGGCAAAAGACAUUGCCAAUGCUUUAAAAUUCAUACAUAAUAAGGGAAUUAUUCACAGAGAUCUCAAACUGGAAAACACAUUGUUAUCGUAUGAUGAUGUUGUCAAAGUAGCCGAUGUCGGCCUAUCUAAAGAAGAAGACAUGAUCACAGGUACUCAAAUGGGAACUCCAAACUACAUGGCUCCAGAGGUGGCGUCCUUCAGACGCUACGACCGCAAAGCGGAUAUAUAUAGCUUUGGUGUAAUGCUAUGGGAGAUGUGGUAUGGUAAGAGAGCCUUUCAUGGCAUUGCUCCCAAGGAUCUCCAGGAACAAGUGGCUCAAGGUGUAAGACCGGAGCAUGUUCAAGACAGUAGGGAGCCUCCAAAUGAGUGGCGAGAUCUGAUGCAGCGUUGCUGGAAUGGGGCACCAGAUCAACGACCAAAUUCUACAGCAUGUCACAAGGAGUUAACCAGACUAUACGAAGAGACCGCCCUAACUCUCUAAUAUGCCGACCGAUCCGG